GCGUCCGCGCUGGAAGCGGCGGGUGUUGUGGGGAAGGCAGUGUGCGCAGGCGCGGCGCUGACGGCCGCUCUCUACCUGAUCCGCAGAGUCUGUUUAAUAAUGGCCUGGAAAUCAGGAGGAACCAGCCAAGCAGAGCUCGUCAACAACCUCCGCAAGAAUGGUAUCAUUAAGUCGGACCGUGUGUACGAAGUUAUGCUGGCGACAAAUCGUUCCCAUUACUCCAGAUGUAACCCUUACAUGGACUCUCCACAGUCUAUAGGCUACCAGGCAACCAUCAGUGCACCACACAUGCACGCAUAUGCGCUGGAGCUCCUACAUGAUCAGCUGUAUGAGGGUGCCAAAGCACUGGAUGUGGGCUCAGGCAGUGGCAUACUGUCUGUCUGUUUUGCCAGAAUGGUGGGGCCAAAGGGAAAAGUCAUUGGGAUCGAUCACAUAAAGGAACUUGUGGACGACUCGAUCAAUAACGUCAAGAAAGAUGACCCUUCUUUGAUAUCAUCUGGACGCAUCAAACUUAUUGUUGGAGACGGAAGGUUGGGCUUUACAGAGGAGGCACCCUAUGAUGCUAUUCACGUAGGAGCUGCAGCUCCCUCUGUGCCACAGGCUCUGUUGGACCAGCUGAAGCCGGGCGGGCGUCUGAUCCUGCCGGUGGGGCCUGCAGGAGGGAACCAGAUGCUGGAGCAGCACGACAAGAUGGAGGACGGCAGCACCAAAAUGAAGCCCCUCAUGGGGGUGAUUUACGUGCCUUUAACAGACAAAGACAAGCAGUGGUCCAGGUGGAAGUGACUUCCUGUCCCCUCUUCCCCCUCUCUCUCCCCCAGGGCACAGGGAUGAACUUUGAAACGACAGUCUGGCAAUAUUCACCAUCACACAAACGUACAAACACAUACACGCUCAUAACAUACACCAUCCAUCAGGACUUAACAACUAACUACGAGAUGGUAAAUCCACGGUGAAGGAAAACCCACACUGGUUGCACUCUCGCUCUCAGAACAGUCCGACGGCUGUGUGGCCAAAGAGCCCUCAGGAUGGAUGGAACAGACUGAUCUCUCUUAAAAAGGAAGAAAAAAAAAAACAAAAAAGAAGAGUGGGGCUUUGUCUUGACAUUUUCAUGCCUGCAGUUUGCUUUGGGGUUGUGAACUUUUUUCUUUUCUCUCUUUUGGAUUGUUGAUUUGCAGGUGCACAUUUUCUUUUUUUGUGAGAACUACAGUAUUGCAAUGAUUCUUUUUGUCUUGUUUGUUUAUGUGCAUUUCAGCUUGUUUGGAGCUGAGUGUAAGGGGGUGCUGUUUCGCAUAUGGAUUGUAGGAAUGGGACAGAGUGUUCUUAGAGGAUAUACAUCCGCUCUCCACUACGCGCUCAAUGCUAAUGUUAAAGACGCUCUCUCAGCUUCUAGUGUAGAAGCUGCAGCCUCACUGAACACAUCUAGGCUCAACUCUAGUCAUGAUCCCAGAACGUUCUGCGAAUUCCAAGGCCGUACAUCGAGUUUGGUUUGGCAGCGUCCUCUGGAACAGGGCUUCCCAAACGUUCUCAUGAAGACUUGUUCUUGACUGAGGACCCCUCACCCCCAAGCUGAGAAAGUCUUCUUUCUUGCUAAAAUUUUAAAGUCACUUUUCUUUCACUGCUGUGUAACCACUCAAUGAGAAUAUAAUACUCUGAUGUGCUUUCUUGUAUAUGAAGCUAAAAGAGAUUGACCUCAGUUUUCCAGCGAACUGGCUAGCUAAUUUAUUUCGUUUUGAAACAACUAAGAUAUUGAUGAUUUGGAAGUAUAAUACUCUAAUUUGUUUAAGUAAAGUGGUUCAUCUCAACCAAUUUGCUUGUUUUCUCCAAGUGCAUAUUUCCCAAUGAGUUUGCUAACAAUCUACCUAGCUAGCUGGCUAAUUUUAUGGUACCUGUCCCUGACUUGUAAAAACCCUGGGGGUCCACCACACAGUUUGAGGAACUCUGCUCUAGAUCUCCAUUCUCCAACAGCAUUUAACUUCCAGAGCUACAGCUGAGUUUAGUGUAGAUUUGCUCGGUCUGGUUAUUGACAGUAUUUUAACCCUGCUCACUCUAGCUGAUUGACAUGCAGCUCAUGCUCAUGGCAUCUUAGACUGGCUGCCCACAUUCGCACUGACCAACAUGCUACUACUGGAGGUUCACAUCGCGUACGAAGAGCACACAGCCAGCUUUUGCAAACACACACACUCUUUCACUAACACACACACACACUUUCACUAACACACACAGGCAGGGCUGAGCUUGUGCCCCCCACCCCUCCACUGUGGAAGUGCUCGCCGUCACUGGUCACCAUGCUGAUUCUCUGCGCAGGUGGUGUGUUGCCUGCAUUCGCACAACUGUGGCUUUGUACAAAUAAAACUCAACGCAGUGCAAA